GCCGGAUAUCCGCUGAGUGACCCUUACUAGUCCUUUUUGAUCCUGAAGUGGAGUAGCUGUCGGUCUUGCUGUUAGCAUUUAGUCCGCAAACGUAGCCGGACAUGGGACUGGAAGACGACCAGAAGAUGCUGACUGGAUCCGGAGAUCCUAAAGAGGAAGAAGAGGAGGAGGAGGAAUUAGUGGACCCCCUGACAACAGUGAGAGAACAUUGUGAGCAGCUGGAGAAAUGUGUCAAGGCACGGGAGCGGCUAGAGCUCUGUGAUGAACGUGUGUCUUCCCGGUCACAGACAGAAGAAGAUUGCACGGAGGAGCUGUUUGACUUUCUGCAUGCGAGGGACCACUGUGUGGCCCACAAACUCUUCAAUAGCUUGAAAUAAGUGCAGACUCAUUCGGCCUUCAUUACCUGGAUAUCAAGCUCUUUGUGCUUUUAAACAUGCCAUUUGUUUCACAUUAGGAACCUCAUGGAUUUGGGUUUAGGCAAGUAGCUUAAUGUAAUUAGCAGUGAUUACAUCUUAAUAAAUCCUGUGAUCUGCA